GUCAGCUAUUCAACCAAUAUUAAAUUAUUAAUACUCGAGCUGAAAAAUCAGAGUGUAAGAGGCAGCAGAUCAGAGAAGAAAGCGGCGUCGUAUCGUAAUGGCGCAGAGUAGCAGCAACCUGGUGAUCGAUCAAAGGAGCGGUUUCUGCAAUUCCAACUCCAUCUUCUACAGCAAGCGCAAGCCCACCGUGCACCCACCGAACCAUUCACUGGACGUGACCACGUUCAUCUCGUCCCGGGCCCACCAUGGCAAGAUCGCCUUCGUCGACGCCUCCACCGGCAGCCAGCUCACCUUUGCCGAACUCUGGAGAGCCGUCGAUUCCGUCGCCACGUGUCUCUCCAACAUGGGCGUCAGGAAAGGCCAGGUCAUCCUCCUACUCUCCCCCAACUCCAUCUUCUUCCCAGUGGUGUGCCUCGCCGUCAUGUCCCUCGGCGCCGUAAUAACUACCACGAAUCCCCUCAAUACCCCCCGAGAAAUCGCCAAGCAAAUCGCCGAUUCGAAACCGGUCCUCGCUUUCACGACUCGCCAACUCGUCCCCAAACUUGCCGGGUCGAACCUCCGGAUCGUCCUCCUCGACGAGCAGUCAAUCCCAGCCGUUCAAAACGCGAGAAUCGUGGCCACGUUGGAGGAAAUGCUGAAGCAGCAGCCGAGUGGGCCCCGAGUCAGGGACCGUGUCGACCAGGACGACACGGCGACUCUGCUCUACUCGUCAGGCACCACCGGCGCGAGCAAAGGCGUGGUGGGUUCGCACAGGAGCCUCAUAGCGAUGGUUCAGAUCGUGCUGAGUCGGUUCAAUUUGGACGAUGGAGACCACAGGUUCAUCUGCACCGUCCCUAUGUUCCACAUCUACGGCCUAGCCGUGUUCGCGCUAGCCCUGCUAGCUUCGGGAACGACGGUGGUGAUCCUCUCCAAGUACGAGCUGCACGAUAUGCUCUCAUCGAUCGAGAAGUACCGGGUCACGUACCUCCCGCUCGUGCCGCCGAUACUGGUGGCGCUCGUGAACGGCGUGGAUCGGAUACGGGCCAAGUACGACCUGAGCUCGCUGCAGUCGGUUUUGUCGGGUGGGGCUCCACUGGGGAAGGAGGUGAUCGAAGGCUUCGUGGAGAGGUAUCCGACGGUGACGAUUCUUCAGGGGUACGGGUUGACGGAAUCGACGGGGGUCGGGGCGUCCACGGACUCGCUGGAGGAGAGUAGAAGGUACGGUACGGCAGGGUUGUUGUCGCCGGGCAUGAAUGCGAAGAUUGUGGAUCCGGAGACCGGUAAGGCUCUGCCGGUGAACCGAACCGGUGAGCUUUGGCUUAGAGGUCCCUCCAUCAUGAAAGGUUAUUUCUGUAAUGCCGAGGCGACAGCAUUAACUCUUGAUUCAGAGGGAUGGUUGAAAACUGGAGAUCUAUGCUACAUUGAUGAUGAUGGCUUCAUUUUUGUGGUUGAUAGGUUGAAGGAGCUGAUUAAAUACAAGGGAUAUCAGGUUCCCCCAGCGGAGCUGGAGGCCUUGUUGCUCACUCAUCCAGAAAUCUCUGAUGCUGCUGUUAUACCGAUUCCUGAUAAGGAGGCUGGACAGUGUCCCAUGGCAUAUGUGGUAAGAAAAGCUGGAAGUAAUUUAUCUGAGGGUGCAGUCAUGGAUUUCAUAGCGGGACAGGUGGCUCCAUACAAGAGAAUCAGGAGAGUUGCAUUUAUAGCUACUGUACCCAAGAAUCCCUCCGGCAAGAUUCUUAGGAAGGAUCUAAUACAACUUGCAACCUCCAAGCUUUGAACUGUUUGCAUUUCGUUGCUUAUUUAGAUUAUUAAACCCCAUGUUUGCAGGCAUUUUAUGCUGUCAUGUAUCAUAUGUGCUUGUUAUUUUGGUUUGACAUUGUGGUUUAUGCUCUCUGUUUUCUGUGAGAAGUUAACUUGGUUGAACAGAAAAGCCAUAUAUAUCUACUUGAUGAUCAGACAAAUUUUUGUUC